AGCUAGGAGCAGAUCACCGUUCAGAACAGAGAGUCCCACUCUACCGACUGUGUGUGGUUGGUCAUCUAGUACGGUAGAUGUAGUGCAUCUGCCGUAUAGCAUGUCAUGGCGCCUUCCGGAUUUUAACAACCCCUGGGAUUUCUGGACGAAGUUAAGUACAGCACUUAUUUAUGCUGUGGAAGUGACGCUUUAUUUUGGUUUCUGGCCGAAUGGAACUUGUUCUAUUUAAAACUACUCUCAGCCUCUCACAUUAUUCCCAUCUUCGGCAAUAUGAAACGCUUAUUCACACAGUUUCGAAACACAGUGAUAAGGACUGCAGUUACUCCAUGUGUUUGGCUCGUUCUUGUCGCAUGCGCAUCAUGCCAAUGUCCCACACUGCAAUCCGGAAAAUGCCUGGUUGACUGUACUAAUCCGGAGGUGUACCAUAUCGCUUGUGAGGAUAUCCUCGGUGUCGAGUUGUAUAACGAUCUCCUCGUCUAUAACACAUCCGCUCAGCGUAUCCAUCUGUCCUUGUGGAGUUCCCGUAUGAGCCAGUUAACUUCCACCGUGCUCGGUGCUGUAGCCAGUCAGAUUGUGUCACUGGAACUGGACAACUGGAUCAAUCUCAGGAUGUUUCCGGAACUCAACGACCAGCAAGUACUGAAAAGUCUUCGGAUUAUGAACAGCCCGUUGCUGAAGGAUAUGCCGCUGGAGUUAUUGCCGCCACAGAUCGAGCGUCUUGCCUUUUAUGGCGUGGGAAUUUCAAACUGAUAAACGACUUCGAUGAAACACCGGCGUUGCCUGCCGUAACCGAAUUCAUUUUCGACAAUUCCACUUUAAGUUAUAUACAACCCCGAUACUUCAUGGUCUUCCCCAAUUUAACGACUAUCAAAGUGCGCGGGACACGAUUUAUUAUGGAAUUAUUAUCGCAUGAUAUGGUUCGCACGAAGAAACCACUGAAGAUCUUGCACAUCAUUAACAAUGACUUUAGUGGGAUAUCCUUACACAAUCGGGAUAAAGUUAUCGAGGCUACUACGGUGACGGCUGAUCUGGCUGUUAACGCGGAAGUGGACUUUUCGGGUAAUCGUUUGCCGGUGACGAAAAACGCUAUCAUUCAUUUUGCUGCCAUUCGCAACUGCCGGUUUCUCUCGUUAAGAGAUGAUGAAUUCCAGGAUUAUGUUUCAACAAGCUACAUUUUUCAAAAUUUUACUUAUUUGGAGACUCUGGACUUGAGCAACACUUUCAUGCUGAAGUCACCUGGCAGCUUUGCCGGUUUGCCAAAACUGCGCAAGCUGCUGCUCGCCGGUAACGAUUUUGAAGACCUAACCUUUGCCAAUAUAUUCGAAGGCUCUAAAUCAAUCAACCUGGAAGAACUGGACAUCUCGUACAACGGCCUGACCUUCCUUCCGAAAGGACUGAAGAACAUUGUUCCCAGUUUGCGACGGUUGCGCCUUGCCGGCAACAAACUCAAUCUGGAAAAAGUCGGCUAUUUCAUCAAUUAUGUCCAAUCCCAGCAAUUCACAGCCUUCCCCAAGCUGCAGUUAUUGGAUUUGUCACGGAAUAAACUAGAAACGUUUGCCGGCUCAAUGCUCAGCCAUGUUCUUACGCUGGAAACGCUAAAUCUAGGCUGUAAUUAUUUCCGCAACAUUCACAAAGGGUUCUUCAGUGACCUACCGCAAUCGCUGAGAGUCCUAAAUCUCAGUAUGUGCUACAAUUUGACAAAAUAAAGACAUCACUGGACCCGGAUGCUUUUUCGACUCUUCCACCAAAGAUAAGAACCCUGAUUCUAACGGAAGCCGAGCACGCGAAUUCCGUGUUUAAGGUGUUCAAGAAUGCUUCAAUCCCGAACCUGCGUG